GCUUGCCCGGCCGUCUCGUCUUCGUUGGCGGCGUCCAACCCUAGCAAAAUUGCCUGCUGGCGGCGCAAGCGGCCUGGGGCGCCCUACGCAGCUCGGGCAGACGGGAGGAGGGCGAGCCGGCGUCUGAGGCCCGGGACCCGGGGGCGGCGGCGACUGGAGGCCAGCGUUUCGGCGGUGCAAGCGCAACGCCUGGAGCCAGACGCGGAUCGGUGCACUGCGGCCAAGCAUCAAGAUCAACCUAAAAGCUUGUCUACAAAGUUCCCUUUCUGCUGACCACUGGUUGCUGUUGAGGUAAAGAUGCUGAAGAACAUUUUGAGCCAGUCAUGGAGACAAGGUGCAUAUGUGCUGCAGGAAGGAAAUCCCGUACCGGCACUAUAUACAUGCUGGAAUCGAUUUCACAGUGGACAGAUCUUAAGCUCUUCCAGGAGCUUCUUUGGCGUGGAGGACUUUGUGGAUGAAGACAACAGUAGACCCUACACAUACAAAAAGGAAAAGAGAUCGAAGAACCCGCACAAGCACAUUUCUUUCAAGCAGCGCACUAUCGCACACAUGGAGCCCUUCACGCUCGACGUCUUCAUCUCCAAGCGCUUUGUCUCGGCGUCCCUCACGCACCGUUCGACGUGCAGGCAGGUCGCGGUCGCGGGGACCAAUUCGAAGGACAUCAAGGCUGCGCUCAAGUCGAGGUCCGACAUACCGGCCUGCCUGGCCGUGGGCCGUUUCCUGGCGGAGAGGGCGAAGGAGGCCGACGUCUACACCUGCACCUACACGCCGAGGGAGCGGGACAGGUUCGAGGGGAAGAUCAGGGCUGUUGUCCAGUCGCUGAUCGAUAACGGGAUCAAUGUGAAGCUCUACCUUGACUGAGCUUUUGAUGUAUGGAAAUAUGGGCGACUUUUCUGGUACUUGCAAAAUGAGCAGCCUGUGGCAUGGUGUUCUGCUAUCAUGGCCGCGAUCACUACCACCCUGUUGUGAUAUGCCACUUUUUUCUGAUACUGAGUUGUUCUCCUGA